AUGCGACGAUUCCUUGGCAUUGACUUUUCGCCGCUUGCCGAGCCAUGGGAGCAGAAGCUGUUCACACUUGGCGUGUUCAUACACUUCACGCUUACCAUUCCUCUGACCAUAUUCUGCACCAUUCUGCCAUUCAUCUUGAUCUUCACAUGGCAAUGGCAAAUUCUGGCCCUAUACACUUUAUGGUAUCUGUAUGAUCGGAAAUCGCCUCAGAGCGGCGGCUACCGUAACAACUUUCCGCAAAGAUGGAGAUAUUACAAAUGGUUUGCCAAGUACUUUCCAGUAACUCUUCACAAAACCGCCGAGCUGCCACUUGAUCAGAAUUACAUUGUUGGAUGUCAUCCACAUGGCAUAAUUUGCAUGGGAAUCUCCUCCAAUUUUGCCUCUGAAGGUACCGAGAAAAGUAAAGGUGGACUACGAUUUUCGAUCUGUACCCUAGCGUCAAAUUUCAGCGUUAUGUUCACGAGGGAACUACUUCUGCUGGGUGGAUUUAUUGAUUGUUCCAAGGAAAGUAUUGGACACGCUCUCACAGAGCAGAAAGGUGGACGAGCUGUGAUAAUUGCUAUAGGCGCAGGCAAGGGAAAGGAAAAAAUUGGAGAAAAGAUGGACUUCGGCUUUUUGCCUCGUCGAACACCAAUUGACACAGUCGUUGGAGCACCAAUAGCCGUACGCAAGAUGCUCGAUCCAUCCACUGAGGAAGUGGACCGCGUUCAUCAUCAGUACUGCGAAGCCCUUACAGCUCUGUUCGAACAGCACAAGACUCGAUUCGGGGUUCCCAAAGAAACAAAACUCGUUCUGGUUUAG